AUGCUGCCUUAUUCUGUCGUCUUGAACGUGGGCUUGCUGUUGGCGCUUUUUGCAGUAUGGAACUUGGCAAGACACGACCCUAGAAAGCACUACAUUCCGGACGAGGUCUACACGCCUGCACAGUCAGUAGUCGAGUAUCACAACAUACUCUUCACCGGUGGUCUGAAAGGAGAUACGUCAAAGUACCUCGGCUCUACGCCAUCGGUUGACGAAGCGUGGGACAAUCUCUACAACAAAACUCUCAUCUCGCAAAUCCUACCAGAGGCGGCCGCCCAUCUUGUCAAUGCCACGACUCGGUUUUCCAACGACACCGACUACCACAUCGUGGAGCUCGACGUGUUUCACCAGCUGCAUUGCCUCAACAUGAUGCGCAAGCUGGUAUACCCAAACGCCUACCCGAUGGACCUGACAUCGGGCUCGGACGAGGCGCAAGACAACAUCUUCCACAUGGAGCACUGCUACGAGCAGCUGCGACAGUCGCUUCAGUGCACGUCGGACCUGUCCACCAUUACGUGGCAGUGGAGCAGGAAGCAGCAGCGGUUUAUUGGAAACGUGCACACGAUGCAUACUUGCAAGAAUUUUGACAAGAUCCACGAGUGGGCGGUUGAGAAUACGGCGGCGCAGGAUCUCGACUUUUUCGAGUUUGUAGAGGGAGCGCCAAUCUUCCAGAACGAGUAG